AAUAGUGAACAUUUUUUCGCGCUCAUUUAAAUGGUAACUACUUUAAAAAGUAUUUAAGCAGGCAUAAUUUGUAAAUUAUUUAUAAAAUAUCUACCACUCUUCUAGAAAAGAAAAGUAUUGUGUCUAAUAAAAUAAAUCUUAUAUUACUAUUCAUUUUCCCGAUAUGGAAACUAAUAAAGAUUCGCUGCUUUCUAGUAUAAUUUUUGAACAUGCUUGUAAACAAGAACUCAAAGGUGUUCUACAGAAUAUGCUUGAAGAUAAAGAUUUGGCUUCAAAAGUUCUUCAGAAUUCACCUUGCAUAGAACAAAAUUCACAAAAUAAAUCAAAAAUUCAACCUAUUUUCAUAUUAAUCUCUUUGCUGAGGAAGUUGCAUUCUUUAGAAAACUUUUCUAAAAUUUCCAAGAAUUCCUCAAAACUUGACAUUUUGCCUGUGAUUAUUGAACUAUUAGAAACAGCUUAUAGACAAUCCAAUUUUAUAUCCUUGAAGAGGUUUUUCACCUUGAUUUCUGAGCUUAAACUGUUGGAUUUGUUGAAUUUGAUUGUGGAUGAUUCAGAAUCAUCACUUGUUGUACAGAAACUAAAUCAACAUUUUCCUCGUUGGACUGCAACUUAUAGAUCAAAUAUAGAAAAGAAUUUUUUAAUUGAGAAUUCUAAAGUUCUGGAUAAAGUAGAAGAAAGUCAUACUCAGUGUCGCAGACUUAUACUUAAAUUGGCGAUGGACAAAGCAUAUAAAACAAAAUAUAUGAAAGAACAAUAUCCUAAUGACAUGAAUCGCCUCAUGCAAGAAUCAAAAACUUAUAUAAUGGAAAUUGUAACAGCUUUAGAAUCUCAGACUGGUUCCUCGGUACUUGAAAAGAUGUUAAAUGGAGAAGAAACAGAGAGUCUUGAUUCUAAUGAUUUGGGUAUUCAGCUGCUUUUGGAUUAUGUGCAGCCAGGAAUCACAGAUGAUGCUUUACUCCGGUUUUUAGAUGACUUCGAGCCUAUUUUAAAUUCACAGCCAACUACUGGUUUGUCAUCCUGUUUGUUGCCAAUUGACACAAUGAGUGAAGUUAGUGAUUAUGAAAACUGUGAAGAUUCCAAUCAAAGCGAUUCUGAUUGUGAAAGUUCACAAGAUACUGAGGGCCAUGUGAAAUCUUUCGCUGAUGUGACUUCGAAAAUGGAUUUAGAUAAGGAAAGUUGAAUUAAUUAUGUUUAAAAUAAAUUAAAAAAAUUAUUAAUGAUCAUUGUACUGUGAUAAAUUUCUAUAAUACGUAAUGGUUUGGAAAAUAUACUUAAAAUUUCUUUGUACAUUUAUGUUUACACCUAUCUUAUAACAUAUGUUAAUUUUCCAAUUUUCAUCUUUUAUGGUGGAUUUAUUAUACUUUUAUUCAUAAGAGCAUCAGGGUUAAAUUUUUUAAUAUCGGAAUUUUUGCUUUAAAACUUUUCAAGUGUUUAGGUCCAUAUUAUCAUGCAUUCCUUCAUGAUAUUGUAUCUAAUUGAGAUUUAUAAGAGAGAUAAACAGCGAGACAAUAUAUUUUUAAGUUAUUAUAAAAUAUGAGAGAUUAUUAUUCUGUGUGGGUGUGUGUUGAUCUAAUUUUUAACACAAAAUCCUUCAAUUUCAAUAUAAUUUGUUGAAAUAUAUUUGUAAUUUUAGUCUACAUUAUUUGUAUAAAAUAAAAUUGUUUCAGUAAUAUUUGUAAAUUGAUAACUGAUGUAAAUUUGUUUUAUUUUUUUA